UAACAAAGAAAGCAAAAUGAUAUGAUAUCUAAUUAGCUGCGAAAAUAAUGGAGGUGGUACCAUGUGUCUGCAUGAACAUUGCCACGAGGCAGAGUCGGCAAUGGACACGUCAUCCUACUGCCACCGUCCCCAUGCAAUCCUCUUCUCCCACUCUCCCUUUCUCUCGUCCCCCAUUAACAUAGCAGAAAGAAAACCUCCCAACUUCAUAACAAGAGAUUCAACACCAAGGAAGAAGAAGAAGAAGAAGAGGUGUCCAACCAAAUGAAGCAUCUUUCCUCCAUCGCCAACGACGUUGUCCACCGUUGCGCCCACACGGUGGGGACUAGUUUGGAGGAAUUGGUGGCAGAAUUUGAAGCGGCGGUGUGGAAGGAAGAAACAGGGGAGUAUUCUAAGAAGUUUGUGGAAUUCUGCUGCUCAAAGGCAUUGCGCCAAGUGUGCCAGUUCAUCGAGGAGAAGAUCGUCGAUGGAUCCUUCUCGCGCUUCACCUUCGACAUGAUGCGUGCUUGGGAGACCCCCACUUGCCAGCAAGAGCAAUCCCUUGAGGAGAAUGUGGGGAAAAGUUUGCAAGAUAUGAGGAAUAAGAUACCCACUAAAGUUACUGGAGAGACUGAUGAAAUCCCACUUUUCUACAGCGACCUUAUGCCACUCCUUGUUAACGAUGGGCCGAGUGUGGGUGAAGAUGCGGUUGUUUGGAUGGGAACAUUGGUGCCAUUGGCUGUGGAUUUUGUGAAUGGGAGGUUCACAUUCGAGACUCUUACAGCGCCCACUGCCCACCGCCUUUUCUACCCUGCAUACGACAAGUUCUUGAAAGAAAUUGACCAAUCCAUAAAGAAUCUUCAGAAGCAAGCUAAGCCUAAAGGUGUGGAACUAGCUGAUGAAGAGUUCAUUUUGCAUUGCGAUGGCACCGCUAGUUCCCAGCGUGUCGUCCGCCACAUUGGGGGCACGAGCUGGCCUGGUAGGCUCACACUCACCAACUACGCUCUCUACUUUGAGGCAUCAGGGGUGAUCACAUACGAGGAUGCAAUCAAAAUCGACCUCUCGAGCGAUACCAAACACAGCAUCAAAGCCACCGCCACAGGCCCAUGGGGCGCUCCACUUUUCGACAGGGCCAUCAUCUAUGAAUCCCCUGAACUAUCGGAAGGCAUUGUGUUGGAGUUCCCAGAGAUGACAAGCUCAACAAGGCGUGACCACUGGUUGGCCCUCAUCAAAGAGAUCAUCCUGAUACACCAGUUCCUGUCGAGGUACAACGUGAAGUGCGAGAUACAGGCGUGGGAGAUCCACUCGAGAACCAUUCUGGGAAUAGUGAGGCUCCAUGCAGCUAGAGAGCUGCUACGAAUCUCCCCACCAGAUCCAACAAAGUUCCUAAUCUUUGCACUGUAUGACGAACUGCCCAAGGGUGACUACGUGUUGGACCAGCUCGCUUCAAGUAUAGAGACGGUCAACAGUGGACACCCCUGCAGCGCUAGCUCGAUUUUGAGGAACAUAAAUGUGUCUCAGUUGCUCGUGUCGAGUGGAGAAGUGAAGCUAGUGAAGGAGGAAAGAGGAAAUUUUGGUGGAGAAGACGAUCAGAUAAUACGUUCAUCUCUGGAGAGCGCGGUGCAUCAAGUGAGGGAGGAAACUAAGGCGGCUGAUUUCGCAAAGGCUACUACAGAAGGGUUGAAAGAGGAAGGGAUUGCUGACAGCGCUCAAGUUCUCAUGGAGUUGACAAAGCCGGUGCGAGAUCUUCUACCAUGGUUUGUAGAGAUUGUCUCAUGGGAGCGGCCAUCAACAACUCUAAUUGUGUUUAUCACAAUUAUAGUAAUCAUCUACAAGGAGUGGGUCGGCAAAGCUGUAGCUGCUUUCUUGCUACGAGUCGCAUGGAGGAUACUCCAGGCAAUACGAGGACGACACGACCGCUCGAGGAAGCAGCGUGAUGAUGAGAUAGUGAUCCACACUGGCGGGGAACAGAAGAGCACAACAGAGAGCAUCGUCGCAGCUCAGUUCGGGUUGAGAACUGCGCACGAGCUUAUGCAAGCAGCAAACAUAGCCAUACUGAAAAUCCAGUCCCUGAUGAACGCAAAAGCCCCAAAGCAUUCGGGCCAGACAAUGAUGGUGAUGGGUUUGGUAGCAAUCGUCCUGGCGGUGAUUCCAGUGAAGUAUAUUUUGAUGGGUGGAGUUGUGUAUUAUGGAAUAAUGAAAUCGAAGCUAGGGAAGUACAUGGAGAAUGAUCAAGGGAACAGAAGGCUUAAAGAAUGGUGGGAUACAAUCCCAGUCGUCAGUGUCCGUGUAGUCGAUGAACCUCCGCAGGAGAAGAAGGAGAGCUAGGUAGCUCAUGGGUUUUCCAUGUGUAUAAUCUUAUACUUGACUCGGUACAUGUACCAAGAGCUUAUAAGAUAGUUAGCAGGGUGACAACAGAUUAGAAGUACCCAUAGGGAAAGACAAGAAAUCAGAGUAUUAGUA